AGCAGAGCGGAUAUAAAGGCAUACAGCAAAACAGUGUUUUCAUUGUUGAGUAACAACUGCUUGUUCUUUUGCUAGGAAAUGCACAAAGCGAAACGUAUAGCUGAAAAUAUGGUAUUUUUACGCGAUUUAAAUUUUUUAUUUAUGAUGGCUGUGUUUCUCGUGCUGUCUAGUGCACAAGAAGAUUAUUGCGGUAUUUGUGCACAUCAUACCAUGUGUUUGUACAAAAAUACACAACCAAUAUGUACUGAAAAAUCGUAUGAUCUUACAUCUGAACAAAAGGAUGAAAUAGUUAAUAUACAUAAUAAGGACAGGCAAAAGGUGGCUUCUGGAAAUGAAAAACAAGGAAAUCCUGGUCCACAACCACCUGCGAAGAAUAUGCCAAAUCUUGAUUGGGAUACCGAGCUGGCACUUAUAGCACAGACAUGGGCAAAUCAGUGCACGUUUGCCCACGAUGAGUGCAGGGCAGUUCGUCGUUUUUCUGUUGGUCAAAAUGUGGCAAUGAUAGCAACUACAGCAGAAACCGCUCCAGGAUUAGAGGACUUAAUUAAAAUGUGGUACGACGAAGUGGCUUUAUUUGACUUUAAUCAGGUCGAAUACGUUACAAACUUCAAUGGAGUUGGCCACUAUACCCAAAUGCUGUGGGCCAACACCACCAUAAUUGGCUGUGGAUACGUGAAUUAUCAGGAAGGAGAUAAAAAUACAGUAUUGCUCGUUUGUAAUUACGGUCCUGCGGGUAAUUACGUAGGCGAAAAAAUGUACGAAAUUCGUAGUUAGAAAUUAUAUAUUCAGACCAUGCAUCAUACAGGAGAAAAAAGACCAGACCCAUAAAAUUCUCAAUGGAAACAGAAAAAUCUUAUCGGAAAAAUAAAUGUAAUUAUAUAGAAAUCACUAAAUACAGGAUUCAACUUAUUUUAAAAUUUUACAGAAUUUACACUAAAUGAAUGAAGUAUACUAAUAUAUUAUAAAUAAAUGUUAAACUUAAGUCCACUUUUCAACAACAUAAAGUUUUCUUCAAAAUUCA